AUUUCACGCCCGUCACAUCUCUUAUCUUUUCCAAACUUAACGCCGUCAUUUUGUGAUGUCAAAUAUUUCAUCGGACCGCCGGCUUCCAUUACCGAGCCUUAGGUUCGGGUGUGAUCAUCGACGCCGCGCUAUAUAACCCAAGUCCACUGGCUCAUAACGCGAAUUUUAAUUCGCUGGAACGGUCACUUUUUGAACUCAGACGUACCGAAAGUUCCUUCUAUACUAAGAAAAAUAGAUCCACUUCGCAGAUAUUAGGUUUUGAAUCGGAGUGAUAAUGGCAGAGCAGUCCGAGGAUUCGGGUAAAACGACCGAGACGUUAAUGGAGAAGAUCGCCGAGAAGAUUCACGGUCAUGAUUCGUCUUCUUCUUCUGAUUCGGAGUCGGACAACGAGAAAUCUGCGGCGUCAUCCGUGAAAGCGAAGAUUUAUCGAAUAUUUGGCAGAGAGCAACCGGUUCACAAGGUUCUAGGUGGAGGAAAGCCUGCUGAUGUGUUAUUGUGGAGGAAUAAAAAGAUUUCAGCUGGUGUUCUUGGCACAGCAACAGCAGUGUGGGUUCUGUUUGAAUUGGUAGAGUACCAUCUCCUAACCCUUGCUUGCCACAUUUCAAUUCUUGUGCUUGCAGUCUUCUUCCUCUGGUCCAAUGCACAAACCUUCAUCAACAAGUCUCCUCCUCGAAUUCCUGAAUUCCAUCUUCCAGAGGAGCCAUUCUUGCAGGUUGCUUCUGCACUGCGGAUGGAAAUAAACUGGGUUUUCUCAACUCUACGGGAGAUUGCUUCAGGAAGAGACUUGAAGAAGUUUCUUGUGGUGAUCGGUAGCUUGUGGGUGGUGUCAAUUGUGGGUAGUUGGUGCAACUUCUUGACCUUGUUUUACAUAAUUUUUGUUCUGUUGCACACUGUGCCUGUGCUCUAUGAGAAGUAUGAGGACAAGGUUGAUCCGUUUGCAGAGAAGGCAAUGAUAGAAAUCAGAAAGCAGUAUGCAGUAUUUGAUGCAAAGGUUCUGAGCAAGAUUCCUAAAGGUGCUCUCAAAUCCAAGAGGGUUUAACCUGUUAGCUUCCAAGUCAUUUGCUUCAAUUUGCCCCAACAAAAUCGUUUGUGUUAGGCUUACAAGUUAUAACAUCUCAGCAUUUGAAGAAUUCAACGCCAAAUUUUUUGGUUGCUUUUUAUGUUUAUCUGUGGCUUUCAAACUGGGCUUUACUUCUAUUUGUGACAUAUUUGAAUGUCAAUUUUUUUUUUGUGGUAUGGUGAUCACAACUUUUGGGACAAUUAUAGAGGCAGCAGGAUCAUUGUUGAUUAUUGUUGUUGAUACACGAUUUUGAUAAGAACCAGCUAUGAUGGCUGUUAGCAACAGUUCGGGCAGACUGUCUUAGGAGCUGAGCCGAUUGCCUCUUCAUUGCUGCCCGAUGAGGAUUACUGUUCAUUUGCUAUCUCGUAUCUGUGGCUGAGAGUGAGAGAGGAUAAAAAUAUUGUGUCAAUUGUGUAUUUGGUUCACUUCAAAACGUUCUCCCCAGCUACCAGUAAAAUAUGAAACGGCUUUUCUAUCA